CCCCAACUCAAUAAGUGCACGAGCUCCUUUAUUAGAUAAAGCGUGCUUAGCGAGCUCAGAUGGGAGAAGGGGCGUCGCUGGGCAUCUUUGAAGCCGGGGCGCUUAUCCGCCGCCCUCGAUUCCUUUCCAGCCGGUGCUUUCCCGGCCUUCUCCGGCGCUUUCUCAGCCUUCUCCGACGCAUCUGCCGUCUUCUCUUUCUCUGCUUCUCACAUGCGGGAUUCCGCUGCUUUCUCGCCCUUCCGAUGCUUCCGCCUUCUUCUCCUCUACGGACUUACCGCCGGCGGGUUUGUCCUCUGCGGGAAUUUUGUCAGAUCACGAACUCCUUUAGAGAAAGCGUACUUAGCGAGCUCAGAUGGGAGAGGGGGCGUCGGUGAGCAUCUUUGAAGCCGGGAGCGCUUAUCCUCCGCCCUCGAUUCCUUUUCCGCCAGUGCUUUCCCGGCCUUCUCCGACGCUUCCGCCUUCUUCUCGUUCUCUGCUUAUUGCCGGCGGGCUUCCGGUGCUUUCACGUCCAGCUCCGACCCUUCCACUGUCUUCUCCUUCUCUGCUUGUUGUUGGCGGUGUUCCGGUGCUAUGUCGGCCUUAUCUGAUGGUUCUUCCGGCUUCUCCAUCACUUCUUUUCGCAGGCAAGAUUCCGGCGCUUUCUCAGCCUUCUCCGACGCAUCUGCAGUCUUCUCUUUCUCUGCUUCUCGCAGGCGGGAUUCCGCUGCUUUCUCGGCCUUCCGAUGCUUCCGCCUUCUUCUUCUCCACGGACUUACCGGAGGGUGCAAUGGAUAUCCCAGAGAAAUACAAGCAGCUAUGGAUACAUUGGGAUGCUCGUGUCUUGAUUUUGCUCAGCGUCUCCGUCCAAAUUGUCCUUUUUUUUCUUGGCCACCUUAGAAAAACUUUUGCUUUGAGCUGGAUGCGAAUGAUCUUAUGGGGUAGCUACCUCAUCGCCGACUUGCUUGCGAACUUUGUUCUGGCCCACCUAUGCAAUGACAUGAAUGAUUCCUCCUUCUCCAAUGCUAUUGUCGCAUUUUGGGCUCCCUUCCUCAUCCUCCACCUUGGUGGCCCCGACACUAUCAUAGCUUACUCCAUGGAAGAUAAUGAGCUUUGGGCCCGCCAUCUUCUCAGCCUCGGCUAUGGGCUCAUCAUUGCCUUCUAUAUCGUCUUUCGCUCCCUUCCAAACACAAGCUUACUUGCCCCCACCCUAUUGAUAUUUUUAGUGGCAAUCGUUAAAUAUUUAGAACGCUCUUACUCGCUUUACAAAGCUAGUACUAAAGGCUUCCAUAGCUCCAUUAGUUCCUCUUAUAGAAAACUAUCGCUAGAAGAUUUGAACCCUUUGAGUCAAGCUUUUUAUUUAUACUUUGCUUGUAGGCCUUUCUUCAUCAAUCUUAUUCCACACUUCGAGUUGUAUACUAAAACAAGAAAUUUGAUUAAGGAGAUGACAACAAAGGAGGUUUGGAGGGCGAUGAGUAAGGUGCUUAGUUAUGUUUAUGAUGAGAUUUAUACCAAAACUAUUAUAAAUCACUCUAUAAUUGGGUAUGUUCUUCGGGUUCUCUGCUCCUUUUGUAUUUUCUUGGCUUUUUGGCUUUUUCUUAUAGUGCCAAAGGAUGAUUUUGGGAAGUUUGAUGUGAUCAUCACAUAUAUUCUGCUUGUGAUCUCUAUAUGUUUGGAUGUCACGGCUAAUAUUAUGCUCAUGUUCUCGGAUUGGAUGAUUUUUUCUCUCCUCAGUGUUAAGAAAUUAAGAAACUUGAGUGUGUUGCUUGCUAACUGCAUUGUUAGAAUUAAAACUGUGUGGCAUAAGAGAAGCUGUUGGUCGAUAAAGAUGCCACAAUUGAGUUUACUCAAUAAUUGCCUCAAUGUUUAUGCACCAAAUAGAGCUCUUCAUAAAAGGAUGAUGAAUUCAAUUGUAGAAAAGCUAAACUUUGCGCAGGAGACAAAGUUGUAUCCAGGAUGGAGAACUACAAUAAAUGAAAUUUAUACCUUGCAGGCGUUGCAGCCAACACAUGCAAACGAGAAGAUUAUGAAGAUCAUUGCUUCAAAUGUAAAAAAAUGUUUAGCAAUAAUCCGUUCUGAUUGGGUUGUCCCAGGAUAUGCUCAAAAUUUAAAAUUCAAUAAACUGGCAGGACUUUAUGCUAUCUGGCAAGUAAUAGAUUGGGCUAUCCCAAUAUUUGUUAAGCUUUUAGAUGGGAUAUCACUUGAUCAACAAGUUUUUAUAUGGCACAUCACAACUGAGCUUUGCUUUCAUUGGAAUCCAAAGCCUUUACAUCCCUCGUGUCCUCAUCGGAGAGAGUUGGAAAAAGAAAGCAUAUCAACAACAAGAAAGUGUCGAGAGAUGAAAGCUUGUAAGUAUUUGUCGAACUAUAUGAUGUAUACGGUGCUACUGCGACCAGAGAUGAUGUCUACCAUUGUACAAGAAAGCUCGGUGUUAUUUUAUCAUGCAUUUGAUGAUAUGGUUCAGUUCAUUCACAGUUACAAAAUGCAAAAUGCAAAAAUUGAGGAGGUGUGCAAGAAGAUAAUGACUACUCCAACAGUGUGGAAUGAUAAUAAUAAAUCUUUUUUUGCGAUUGCACGAGCACUUGCUGAUUUGAUGCUUAAAAUUAAGGAAGACGAGAGAUGGCAAGUUUUAACUAUGACAUGGGCUGAGCUUAUAAUUCAUGUGGCAAAAAAUUCAAGGGCAAACAUGCAUAUGAAGCAGUUGAGUAGUGGAGAUGAGCUCCUCACUUUCAUUUGGCUUUUAAACAAGAGUGCUUUUCGGCUCAUGUUGAGGUAGCUCCAAUUUUUGUUGGAGUUUAAUUGCGAGCCGGAAACAUAGAGCUUGCAUGGGGUAAAGGUGGUGCUCGAAGCCAAACUCGGCAUGGUAAUAGCACUGGUUAUAAUGGAAGAUUUUUGAAGGCGGCUCGAUUAGCCAGGUUGAUGGAAUACCUGCGUAAUUUGGAGGAAAAUGAAGAUAAGGUAUUCACCAAACAACUAGAGCAAUUUGAUAAUAUUCUGCAUUUCAAAAUCCCUCAACUUAAAUACUAUAUUUCGCUCUUGUACAUCUGAAACUGAUUCCUUUGAAGGAACAAAGCUUGCAUUUGGAAAGUCCAUGUAUCUGCUGUCCACCAACCAUAGCUAUUAGACAAAUACUCCAAUUCAUCGCCAUUCAAACAUUUGUUAAAAGGCGUCAAAAUGAUUCUGUGGAGCUGUGUCUAACCAAGUUGAGAAGGUCCAAGCGGACUCCUCUGAAGAAUUCCAGAUAUUGAAUCCAGAAGAAUCAAUUGUUGGAUUGCUAGCUUCUUACAGCUCUAAUCGAGGUGAUCUGGAAUUAGUGUACUGCGCUAAUGCCGAUAGAGAGAAAGCAAGUUAGGACAUCUUUGCAGCUGAGUCUAAUGAGCUGUAUGCUUUGUUGUAUAAAUGCAAAAUGGAAUAUCGAGAGAAUGUUCAAUUGAGCUCGUUCAGAUUACAUCAACAAAUUCUUUGUAAAUCGCAUGGUAUGAUCUCAACACUAUCAAUGCAAAAAUGUCCUAACUUUCUCGUUUGUUGCA